AUGAAGUUCUCGGCAUUCGUGAACACAUUCAUUUUCUCGCUUGCCCUAGCAUCAUCGUCGUUCAAUCCCCAUCCCUUCCCAGCAGCGCCCAGUAAACGACAAGUGGAACUCUCAAAUACUAGUUCGCUACAAGUGGAUCUCGGAUACUCAGUUUAUGAGGGGAUUCUUAAUCCCAAUGAUAGUCUCAAAGUGUGGAAGGGAAUUCGGUUCGCGAGCCCUCCAACUGGUGAACUGAGGUGGCAAGCUCCUCGGCCUCCCGUCGAAAAUCGAAGUUCAGUGAUCUUGGCAGACCGUGUUCCAAAUCAAUGUCCCCAGUCGCUUUACAAUAGAGGUAAUCCGCAAGGCAAUCUUGAUUUUGCGAAUACACCAGGACAGUCUGAGGAUUGCUUGUUUUUGAAUGUUUUUGCUCCACUGGAUGCUCAGAACCUCCCAGUGCUUGUAUGGAUCCAUGGGGGUGGCUAUGGAGAGGGGAAUGGAGACAAUGAUUUGGGACCAAUCAUUGCUACGAACAAUAAUACCUUCAUUGGUGUUGCUUUUCAAUAUCGGCUUGGAGCCUUUGGGUUCCUGGCGGGUGAUGAGGUUGAUAGAAAUGGGGUCGUGAAUGCCGGGAUCAGAGAUCAAACUUUUGCAUUGCAAUGGGUGCAGAAUUAUAUCCAUUUAUUUGGGGGUGAUCCCCGCAGAGUGACGAUUUCGGGGGAUAGUGCCGGUGGGGGGAGUGUGAUGCUUCAGGCGAUGGCGUAUGGGGGAGAACUCGGAACCUCGCUAUUCCAGAAUGUAAGUUUUGGUUUGCCUUUUGUUCAACGAUGAGGACUUACCUUUCGAAAAUCAGGGGAUUGCUGGAUCGCCUUUUCUUCCCAUGCAGCACGAGUAUAAUUCUCAGGUUCCAAGUCAGUUAUACCAUGAUUUUGCUUCAGCUGCGGGUUGUUUGUCAGGUAACGCCUCCGGGAGUCCCUCAGAUUCACAGAGUACGUUCCAAUGUCUUGUCUCUAAGGAUUACCCCACACUUCAGAAUGCAAGCUCCAUGAUUGGCGGUUCUGGGGUAUUUGGAACGUGGGCUUUUCUCCCAGUAACGGAUGGGAAGUUUAUACAGAAGGCACCAAGUGCGCAAUUGCUUGAGAAAAAGGUCAAUGGUUUGAGGAUUCUUUCUGGCGUCUGUACUUCUUUGCCCUUGUUUACUGCAUUCAUUGACGUACUGAUAUUCUGGGUUAGAACAAUGCGCUUGAAGGGCCGCUAUUUGUGGUACAGAAUAUUACUACUGAAGACAGUCUCGUAACCUUUGUGAAAACGGUGUUUCCUCGCUUCAGUGAUAGCGAUGUUGCGAAAACCUUACGGUAUUAUCCUGGAAGGUGUGUGUUAUUUGCAUAACUUUGAUAUCAAUAUUAGAUCUUAAGAUCGUGUCAUAUCAACCCUCCACUUUAAUAUCAACUCCAGUGCAAGCCAAAGAUGCUGACAGCAUGCAGUAUUGAUGCAGACAGCACAACAGCCUCAAAGUACGGUACGCUUGGUGUUACAGGUCCAACCGCAAACGAAGUAUCGGCAAUAGCAACUGGACACCAGCAACGCGCCAAUGUGUGCUCUUUCCUUUCAGUCAUAUAGUUCUUUCCUAACAAAACUUCUAGAACAUCUAUGGUGAGGUGACUUUCGUAUGUCCCAGUUAUUGGCUGGCAGAAGCAUACGAUCCCAACAACGGACAUGCAGCCUACAAAUACCAGUACUCAGUCCCCCCAGCUCUCCACGGUAUGGAUGCCACAGCAUACGUCGGACCAGCAGCAAGAUAUCAAGGGCCUGACCUCUUGAAGGCUUUCAUGAGUACGUAUUUCACAACCCAUAUUUUUGAAAGCAACUUUUGCUGAAUGAGACCUCCCUAGCGAUCUGGGGGAACUUCAUUACUGGAAAUAACCCGUCAAUCUCAUCUUCCAUCGCCAUUGGCGCCUCUUCCCAUGGCAAUAUCUCAUUAUUUUCUACCGCAACACAGUUGAAUGUCACUAACUGGCCACCAUACACCAAUGCCUCGCCAUUGCAAUUGAACAUUAAUCAAACUGGAGGGCAAGAAUUUACUGAUGUCGGUGUUAAUUUUAUGGGAGAAGACAAAAAUGUUACCGCGUAUGAGGGACCUGGGUUGCGAAAUAACUUCACGUUGGUCAAUGCUUUUGACUGGGAGGGUAGGAGAGGUUUGAGGUGUGAUUUUUGGAGGGCGAUGGCUACGCUUGUGCCAGCGUGA